AAUUUGAUGCUUUGUCCAGACUUGGAAUCCCAGAUGCUGUAAGCUACAUAAGGAAAAGAUAUAAGGCUACACAACUCUUGUUUUUGAAAGCAGCUUGUGUUGGUCAAGGACUUGUGGAUCAGGUGGAAGCAUCAGUAGAGGAAGCCGUCAGCUCUGGAACAUGGGUUGAUAUUGCACCUCUGCUACCCAGUUCAUUAUCAGUUGAAGAUGCUGCCAUGUUGCUUCAACAGGUGAUGAGAGCAUUCAGCAAACAGGCUUCAGCUAUAGUCUUUAGUGAUACUGUUGCAGUCAGUGAAAAAUUUAUAAAUGACUGUACAGAACUGUUUAGUGACCUGAUGCACCAGAAAGCUGAAAAGAUAUGUUUUUCCCCUUCUUCAUUCCCAUCAGAGCAUGAAAUGAAAAAUAAUCCUGUGCAGUUAAUCACUGAAGAAGAUCUGAAACAAGUCUCCUCCAUUCUAGAAAGCGUUAACACAAGUAAAAAGGAUAAAAAAGAUGAGCGAAGGAGGAAAGCAACAGAGGGCAGUGGAAGUGUGAGAGGAGGAGGUGGGGGCAACGCCAGAGAAUACAAAAUUAAGAAAAUCAAGAAGAAAGGAAGAAAAGAUGAUGAUAGUGAUGAUGAAUCUCAGUCAUCUCACACUGGAAAAAAGAAGCCAGAGAUCACUUUUAUGUUCCAGGAUGAGAUUGAAGAUUUUUUAAGAAAACACAUAAAAGAUGCCCCUGAGGAGUUUAUUUCUGAACUUGCUGAAUACUUAGUAAAGCCUCUUAAUAAAACUUAUCUUGAGGUGGUACGUUCAGUAUUCAUGUCUUCAACUUCUACUGCUUCUGGAACUGGCAGAAAACGCACCAUUAAGGACUUGCAAGAAGAGGUUUCAAACCUAUACAGUAAUAUUAGAUUAUUUGAAAAGGGGAUGAAGUUUUUUGCAGAUGAUACACAGGCUGCUCUUAACAAGCAUUUGCUGAAGACAGUGUGUACAGAUAUCACUAACCUCAUUUUCAACUUCUUAGCUUCGGAUUUAAUGAUGGCAGUAGAUGAUCCUGCAGCCAUUACAAGUGAAGUAAGAAAAAAGAUUUUAAGUAAAUUGUCAGAAGAUACCAAAGUAGCUCUCACAAAACUCCAUAACUCUCUGAAUGAAAAGAGUGUAGAAGACUUUCUUUCUUGUCUGGAUUGUGCAGCAGAAGCUUGUGAUAUUAUGGUGAAAAGGGGAGACAAAAAAAGGGAAAGGCAGAUACUGUUCCAGCAUCGCCAAGCAGUGGCUGAACAGCUAAAAGUCACGGAAGACCCUGCUCUUAUUCUGCACCUCACAUCAGUCCUAUUGUUUCAGUUCUCAACUCACACCAUGCUCCAUGCACCUGGAAGAUGUGUCCCACAGAUCAUUGCUUUUCUUAAUAGUAAAAUUCCAGAGGAUCAGCAUACACUUUUGGUAAAGUAUCAAGGUUUGGUUGUAAAACAGUUGGUUAGUCAAAGUAAGAAGACUGCGCAGGGAGAUGAUCCCUUGAAUAGUAAAUUAGACAAAGAACAAGAAGAUGUCUUGUCUAAUACUAUUCGUAAAGAGCUUCAAGAACUUUCUUCAUCCAUUAAAGACCUUGUUCUCAAAUCCAGGAAAUCAUCUGUGACAGAAGAGUAAUGAUCUUAAUUUACUUUUGUCAUAUAGUAAGCAUUUUGCCCCAAAGUUAAAGAUGAGUGUUUUCAAAAAAAUAGUCACUUCACAACACCCUACUCCCCACAAUAACUCCCUUCUAUGCAUACAGUUCAGUUAAAAUGAUAGUGUUGUAUUAAAUGAAAAUCUUACAAAGAUGUAAAUUUUUUUAAAUGGGUUCUCCAUGGAACUUUUCUUUUUCACAUUAUUUUCACAUAACAUCUGUGUAAAAUUUUUCACAUAAUAUCUAUGUGAAAUUUUUCACAUAAAGAUUAUUUUCACAUAA